UGCGAGACUGCGAUCGCACCUGCCUCACAUUGCCUUGCAUCUUCAUCUCGAACAUCCCACAUCCACGUCCACGUCCACAUCCCACAUCCAGAACCUCACCAUCCUUUCUUCACACCCUCUCCAUCCUGUCGUCACUGAUGGACAAACCGCCACCUAAACGUCCUUCUCCCCUCUCCGACGAUGGUCCCCUUGCCAAAAAGAUCAAGAGUUUGGUCGAAGAGCCCGAGCUCUACAGCGAUGCCGUUCGCAAGAAACUCGCCUCCACCUCCCGGACAGGGCAGGCAUGCGACAGGUGUAAGGAAAGAAAAAUGAAAUGCGACACCGAUCCCAGUGCCUGCCAACCAUGUCGCCAAAAGGGCAUGCGCUGUUACACCACCGACCGUGUCACCGGUCAAGCAAGAGAGCGGGGUGAACUUGACAGGACAGAAUCCGAAUUAACCUAUCUUCGAGAACAACUCGCCACCUACCAACACAAGUACGGCUCGUUACACCAGACAGAUCCUCUCCGACGGCCGCCCGCCGACAUGUCGCCUGUCCCUCUCUCGACAAAAACACAUCCACCCCUCCAGUCCGCUACCUCGCCUCAUACAUUAUCUGUUCCCGAUGCUCAUUAUGUUGGAUGGCCCUCCCCAGGCUUCUCAGAACCCCUCCGCUGUGGUCCUGUCUCGGGGACCAAGGUCAAUGUAAUGGACGGUACCAUUGACAUCACCGACUGGCCCUGUGAGAUGAUGGACAACACCGAUCCUAAUGCCAAAGACAUCUUCAAUUUGUCAUGGCCAUCCAUCCUAAACACAAUAAUGGGCUAUCAAAUGAUCAAAGACCCAGAUCUCCCUUGCAAAGAAGAUGGUCUGAAAGACGCGAAUCAUUUUCUUGUCAUCAUGUCUCAGUAUGUACCCAUCGUUCACAGACCCAGUUUCAUCGACUUGGUCAACAGAUUCUACGACCACCCUGACUCCGUCUCCCCUUCCGAAACCGCUCUAGUCGUCAUGGUCUUUGCCAUUCUCGCCCAUCAAACCGCCAUUCGGAAUCAUCAAUCCUCGGCCGAGAAGUUCCAAGCUUGCUAUCGUUAUCUUCAUUAUGCUCUCGGCUUCUAUCGCGAGCUCUUCAUCGACACCUCGAUCCCAUCCAUGCAAGCCAUGACUCUGAUGAUGGUUCAAUUUCGCAACCUCCCUAAGCCUGGUCUCUCGUGGAUGUACAGCCACAAGGUGCUUGUCCGCGCCAUUGAGCUCAACUAUCAUCGCGAUCCUGAUAAGAUCAAGUUGCCCCCAGGUGAAGACGAUCCUCUCUCCAAAGAACUUCGCAAACGCAUCUUUCAUUCCAUGCUCGGCAUCUGCGUCACCACCGGCUGCAGGGUCGGCUUGCCUGCUCCUUGGCAGUUCCAGCACAUCGACCUCCCUCUACCUCGAGCGCUCAAGGAUUCGGAAAUCUCUAAACAGGGAAUCAUCUCGGACCUGUCGGGGCAAUGUGACUUUUGGCCGUGCAUCCACCUAGCCAAAUUACUCCCAUUGUUGACCGAGCUCCACAACCACGUACAUGCGGUCAGAAAACCGGCCCCAGAGUACAUCAAAACCCUCGAUGCUCUCAACACCAAGAUCACUGCGUGGAAACAAGACUGGGAUGAUUCCAUCAAGGCCGAACCCAGACAUGUUAAUUUGGUGGUGGCCACUCUCCUUUUCGAGACAUGGGCUGCCGAAUACCAGUUAAACCUCUACCACCCUGCUUGCUGCACGAGUGACGACCCUGAGGUCCAGGAUCGAAAUCUCGACAUGUGCCUCAAGGCAUCCAGACGCCUUUUACAGACGUUCCAUGUCUUGUCAUCAAAGUACAAGGGCGUGGAUUUCACGUGGCACAGUACAUCGGCUUAUGCCACGGGCUUUGGCAUCACUCUUCAUUACUACCGGAAACGACUUACUCGUCUUUCGCACGAACAGUUUGAGAGCAUGUGCAAUGAACUCAAUGGUUGGGUUUCGUUGAUGGCAUAUGCUGAUCUUGUCCUGCGAACGGGGAAUCAUCUCCAGCGUCAGUUUCAGCCUCGCGUUCAAAGCCUAGAGGACGACUAUCGAAAGCUGAUGUUGGUCUCGGCAGCACCAACAUCCUCUCCCACCCCGACAACAUUCGCCACACUAAACGGAACUGGACCUCUUCAAUCACAUGUCAGGCAAGAAUCCAAUGGCAUCAGCCCUGCUACCCCCAACACCUAUCCAGACUACCACAGCAAAUCCCUUCCUCUCCCCCAACCGGGCUUAAACCACCCAAAUGGUGGUCGUCCACAGAGUCAACCCCAGCCUAUAUUGAACGGAAACCACAUUUCACAGCUCCGCCAGCAACAUCAAUGGCCCUUUCAAAUGCAAGCCUCGACAUUUUCCAACCAUUCUCAUUCGAGUCCUUCCUCACUUCAGCGCAAAAGCCAAAGCCCAGCCUCUCCUCUAUAUCCUCCUCCCGUCUUUCCAUUGUCUCAAUCACCGCUGCCCGCAUCACCUUCGCAUCCAGCUCCUACAUCUCUUGCCUCACUCUUGAACGACUCUGGGAACAUGUACCUCAAUUACCCUACCCCUCCACAAUCGCAGAACUCUUUACCUGUCAACAUCAGGAAUGGAGCGACUGUCAACGCUGCUGGUUCGGCUGCAUUUGCGGGAAGCAUAUCGGAUGUCGUCAUGGAUUUCAGCCCAAAUCAUUACUUUGACUCGCCAGGCACACCCGGAUGGCCUUUGAUCACCAUGCCAUCAGGUCAGCAAUUAUAGACUUGGUUCUUGCCGCCAUGGUUGUGUAUAUAUGUACAUGUAUAUAUUUAGUCCCUUAAAGGGUA